GUUGCACUACAGCCAGAGUAUUCGGAAAGCCAAGCUAGCCCGGAGCCGAGAGCCGAGCACAGCCGAGCCACCUUCACCGGGAGAUGUUGUUUACUGUUGGCGGGCCCAACGGGCGACUCGACGAGGUGACCCUCGAACUUCGACCUCCUCGAGGCGACGCCGGCUUGAACUUCGACGUUGGCACGGCCCUGCGGUGCUCAUUGCUCUGGAGGCUUCUGGCGAGACGGGCUUCCCGACCAAUGCCUUCCUCUCUUUCCGCGGGCAGGUGACGAAGUGUGCCUUGGAGCAUGUUAGGCCUGCUUCUUCGCUUGAGCAGUUGGCUGCCGGGACAUGGGAGGAGGCAAUCAAGGAAUUGGUGCAGGGCAUCGAAUCUACCCACAGCCCCGUUGGGGCCGAGUUGCCCGCAGUUCGUGAAGAUGAUGAAGCAGCGCAGUCGGAUGAUGAGUUGGGUUUGUUGGCUCCUGUGAUUGUGGCGCGAUCGAGUGUGGAAGGUUCCGCGCGCGGUGGUGACCCAAGCGGGCAAGAACAGCAACGGUACUUCGAGGACCUUCAGCCGAAUCUCCUGGGCUUCCUUUCGCUAGUGCCGAAGCAGCGGUACUUCAAGGACCUUCAGCCGAAUCUCCUGGGCUUCCUCUGCGAGGUGGUGGGCAUGCGUCUAGCCAGCGUGGAGCAGGAUCGUUCAGGUCAAGCGGCCCGGGCGACCUUGGAGGAGGAGCGAGACCAUGGCACUUGGGACGGCAGGUGGUCUCUUCCAGCUCAGAGUCAGUUUCAGCUUCUGCAAGAGCAAGCCGUCACGCUCCCAUGUGGCGUGGGCGAGGACCACGAGGUUUCAGCGGCCACGGCUCGCAAGGAAUACCAAUGGAGCAAGAUGACUUCUCGUGAACGUGAGUUGUGGACCAAGGCGGCAGAGAAGGGCUGGAAAGCUUAUGUUGAGAAUGAGGCCGUUUCCAUUUUGGGGCCUCGCGAGUCCGCUUCCAUUCGGCGGCAGCUGGCGCAGAAAGGCGAGCUGGACCGCAUUUUGGUGCCGAGGUUCGUGCUGACUGAUAAAGCGGAUGGCCUCCGCUCUGAGGCGAACCCAAUGGACAUUGAUGCGUCGGCGAGGUUGGUUGUGCCCGGGUUCAAAGACCGAGCAAACCUGAAUGGCGAGGUGCGGCGAGACGCUCCCACCGGGGCUCGUUUGACGCAGCACCUGCUGAUGUGUAUCAUCGCGGACAAGGGUCGCUUCUGGAAGUUUCUGAGCGCCGACGUGAAGUCUGCCUUUUUGAAGGGGGAUCCGUAUGUCAGCAGGGAGCUCUACAUCACAAAGACCAAUGAGCGCAACGGCCCGGGAAUUCCAAUCCCUGACGGUUGCUUGGCCAAAGUUUGCAAAGGAAUUUUCGGCUUGGCCGACGCUCCUCGAGAAUGGUGGCUUCGCCUGGCUCGUUCGUUGGAAGCCAAGGGUUGGACACGCAACCCUCUCGACCAGGCCUGUUGGUUUCUUUGGGACGGGCCGGAGCGCAAGGAGCUCAAAGGCAUGGUCAUAAGCCAUGCCGAGGAGUCUUUGCAAGCAGUUGGGUCCGAGCUGGGCUUCAGGGAGGUCUCUGCCGACGACUUUGUUUGGUGCGGCAAGCGCUUUCGCCGUCGAGCUGAUGGCGCCGUCACCAUAAGCAUGGAAGCCUACCACAAGAACCUCAAGCCGAUCUACUUGACCAAGACGCGGCGGAGCGACUUGACAGCCUCCCUUGCAGCCGACGAACGCCGCAAACUACGUUCACUGCUGGGCAGUUUUCAGUGGCUCGUGGCCCAGCUUCGCUUUGACUUGCAGUUCCCGGUGUCCGCCCUGCAAGGAGAGACGCCCACCGUGGGGACGAUCCUUCGGGCCAACGCUCUCCUCAACGA